CACACAAAGUGGUACCCUUCAGACACAUUAGACAGAGGGAGGGUGGGGCACCAGUAAAGAUUUCUUAAUGGGCUCUGCUGUCCUUUCGUCCAUCUGCCCUGAUGAUAAACACACAGCUACUCCACAUUAGCCUGAUGCGCACCAAAGCCUUCAACGUGUUAUUUUUCAUUAUUUUCCAGCAAAUCAUCAAUUUUAACACUUUUCCACAGGAGCAGGAGAUCUACAGUGUAAGGACUAACCCAUGGACCAUAUGAUCAUCAGUUUUGAUUAGUCUGGGAGAUGGAAAUGAUGGGAACAAAUAAGUAAGAAUCAGUGAGCAUUUUCUUGUCAUAACAGGAUUUCUGAGUAAAUCAUUUGGAUGUCUGCUCAGUGUCAGAGUGCAUGGAGAGUGCACUCCGUAGGACUGUAGGUGCGUGAGUGAAUAUCCAGCCGGUUACAGCCUGAACAGUAACCUCAGAAACACUUAAGGUCCUGGAGGACAAUGCCUUCCCUGCACCAUGGAGCUAUCUUUAUCGGAGCCUUCCUCAUUGUGACCGGGGGGUCUACAGCCUUCCUGGCCUCGUACCAGAGCCGCCUGCAGGCUUUCUCCCUCUGCUGUGUGGUGCUGGGGGUGGUCAUGCUCAUACUGGGGCUCUUCUGGGCUAUGAACAGCAAAAGUGCAGUAAACUACAACCACAGGGAGUUCGACCCAGAGUGCCCACAUUAUCCAUACGACUACCCCAACUUCGGCAGCCACACCAUGUUCACACCCCCAGGGAGCCGCUUCCCAGAAUCCCAGUCAGUGUUUCUGCCCAGGACGAUGGAACGUCACAGGCAUGGUGCUCGUGGUGAGGAAUUUGACUACCCUCCUAUGGACUCUGGUGGUUUUAGUCCAACGCCUCACCCUCCUCCUUGGCUUGGACCCCCACCUCCCUAUGAGGUUGCCAUCAAGACCACAUGUAGCUCUACACAUCUGCGGCGUGCAUACUCAGACACACACCUGGCGACAGAGCCCUUGUUUGGACAGUCAAGAGAGAUCAGUUUUGAGGUGUGACGCUGGAUAAUGUGGAAACCCCACCUCUCUGUACAUAGAAUAGAAUAAACAGACAUGAGACUAAGGCUCAC